AUGAUAACACUCUUCUCGUUAUCUACACUUCCGAACACAUUGGUGAUGGGGAUCCCGUUGCUCCGGGCUAUGUACGGCGACUUUUCCGGUAACCUAAUGGUGCAGAUCGUGGUGCUUCAGAGCAUCAUAUGGUAUACAUUAAUGCUCUUCUUGUUUGAGUUCCGUGGCGCUAAGCUUCUCAUCUCCGAGCAGUUCCCGGAGACUGCCGGUUCAAUCACUUCUUUCCGAGUUGAUUCUGAUGUCAUCUCUCUCAAUGGCCGUGAGCCCCUCCAGACCGAAGCGGAGAUAGGUGACGACGGGAAGCUCCACGUGGUGGUCCGGAGAUCAAGCGCCGCCUCAUCAAUGAUCUCAUCCUUCAACAAAUCUCACGGCGGAGGAGGACUUCACUCCUCCAUGAUCACGCCGCGAGCUUCAAAUCUCACCGGCGUCGAGAUUUACUCCGUUCAAUCGUCACGAGAGCCGACGCCUAGAGCUUCGAGCUUUAAUCAGACAGACUUCUACGCUAUGUUUAACGCAAGCAAAGCUCCGAGCCCUCGUCACGGUUACACCAAUAGCUACGGCGGCGCCGGAGCUGGUCCCGGUGUAGAUGUUUACUCGCUUCAGUCGUCUAAAGGCGUGACGCCGAGAACGUCUAAUUUUGAUGAGGAAGUUUUGAAAACGAAGAAAGGAAGAGGAGGAAGAAGCAUGAGUGGAGAAUUAUACAACAACAAUAAUAACGGAUAUUUUUGUUUGCAUUAG